GCUCAAUCAACCGCGGAGAGCGCCAGAGAGAAAUGAGAGAAGUGGGCUUGCGAGUCGAUGGAUAGAUAAACUGAGGGACCAACUUCUGAUGAACGCCAGCGUCCAAGAGAAACACAAGACGAGAAGCGAACAGAGGAUUCUUUAACCGACCAGUGAUUUUCCUGAAGAUUUGCUGCUUGGCCGAGUUGUUCUUUUGGAAUUCACCAAUAAUUCUACACCAAAAGGCACGACAUCUGAAACAGAUCACAAUGAUGACCAAACAGUUUGGGAAGUCUGGAGAGGUGAGCGAGCUGGUCAGCUCUCUUGGCUGGAUGGAGGAGGACAUGAGCUCCCAGGAUGGGGACCACACUCCCGACAUGAACCGAUACAGGCUGAGCGGAGGAGGCAGCCAUGGUCCUGUGGAGCUGGGCAGCGAGGAUCUGGAGGAGGAAGAGGAGGAGGAAGAUGAUGACGAGUUUGGUCUGGAUGGCGAGAAGGCCCCCAAACGGCGGGGCCCCAAGAAGAAGAAGAUGACCAAAGCCAGAGUGGAGCGUUUCCGCGCCCGACGGGUCAAGGCCAACGCCCGCGAGCGUUCCCGCAUGCACGGCCUGAACGACGCGCUGGAGAGUCUGCGCCGAGUCAUGCCCUGCUACUCCAAGACCCAGAAGCUGUCCAAGAUCGAGACGCUGCGGCUGGCCCGCAACUACAUCUGGGCCCUGGGCGAGGUGCUGGAGACCGGCGCGCAGCCCGAGAGCCCCGGCUUCAUGGACAUGCUGUGCAAGGGCCUCUCCCAGCCCACCAGCAACCUGGUGGCCGGCUGCUUGCAACUGGGGCCCACUCCCGCGAUUCACGGCAAGAUGGACGACAAGUGUGGCGCACCUGGAGGCGGCUUCGGGAUGUUGGGCGUCAGUGGCCAGGCCGGCGGGCACCCCCACGGCAGCUACCCGUCGCCGGGUCUGCCCAGCCCUCCCUACGGCUCCCUGGAGGCCUCGCACCUAAUGCACCUGAAGGGCUGCAAGGGCCCCGCCUACGAGAACCCCUCACCUCACGAGUGCAGCAGCGGCACGCCGCCGUACGACGGCCCGCUCACGCCGCCGCUCAGCAUCAGCGGCAACUUCGCCCUCAAGCAGGAGCCCUCACCCCACGAGGCUGAGAGGAACUACCCCCCGCACCCACCGCCCGGCCACGCCGCGCACUACCUCUCCGCACACCACUACCCCCCCACCUCCAUGGCCGCCCCGGCACACGCACUCUUCCCCGGCUCGCGCUAUGAGCUGCCCCUGGAAAUGGCCUUCGACUCCUUCGCCCCGCCGCCGCACAUGGUGGCAGCGCAGAUGGGCACCAUCUACAGCGAGUGAAGGAGCCGGAGGGGCAUUGCCCACACGCCCCCGCCCUUCCUCCAUCUUGGCCACACUCACUGCCAGCUGGUUAUGACUCUUUACAGCAUAGCAGAGGGGGGUGAGAACAAGACAGCAGGGAGAAUAGCUGCUGAACAUUUAUCUGGCUGGUCCGCACAGACAACAUGCAAAAGACUUUAAAGUGGGGAAAAAAGAGAGGAGUGAGUAAGGAGAAAAAGGGAGAAAAGUAGAGGGGGAGGAAGAGGGAGAGAGAGAGAGAGCGAGCUCCCCACACUACCACCUCAACUAAGCCUACCUGUUACCUCGAAACUGCUGAGAAGUAGAGAGGGAUCAUUUGAAAUUAAUUUAUUCCCACUAUUGUUGUCAUGGCUGUUUGUUUUAUUUUUUUUAUUAUUGUUCAUUCUUGAUUCAAUUUUGUUGAAAUACUUGAUAAACCAUUUAUGAGCCAUAAACACAUGCGGCCAUGCAUGUGCUCACACCGAGGGCAGAGGAAGAGUACUUUGUUUAAAACUGUUGCCCAAACAGUUGCCCAAAGUUAGUUUUUUUCUCAUUCUAUUGCCACAACAGUCCUCCAACCACACGACUUUGGUAGCACAGUGAAGUUUGCCAUAUGAACUGAAAUAUGUUUAUUUAUAAUGGUAUUUAAUAUUUAUUUUAAUGACUGUUGUCUGUCUCCUGAAACAAGUAUCAGCACAGUUUUUUGUCAAAUGUUUUCAGUCCACUGCCAGUCACUGGUACUGAUUUACUAUUUAAAUUAUUUAUUUGAUUUUUUUUUGUCAUUCACCUCUAUAUUUGUCAUAUCAGUCAAUGUUUUGUAAAUAUGUUCAUGUUUCGCACUUAAUGAAAUAAAUAUUCUUAUAUUAUAUAAUA